AUGAGAUUAUAUUAAUAAAAAUCUAAACAAUAAAAAAUUCAAAAAAGAUUAGUAACAGUUAUAUAUUCAUUUCUUCAUAAUUUAAGUUUAGGAGAUUGUGGGAAUAAAUUAAUUUAAUAAAUUAUAUAAACAGUAUUAUUUGAAAAUAUGUCUGAUAAGAUAGUAUCUUAAAUCAACUCUAUUCAAUAUUAACUAAUUUAAUAACAGAUAAUAUUGAUAUUGUUAUCAAAAGUGGCAUUUUUUGAAGAUGCUUUUAAAUAUGUGAGAUAAGUUAAUCAGAAAUAUAGAAUAUGA